AUGGUGCUGACAUAUGGAAAUAACAGCAGGGCCACCUUCACCCUCUUGGGCUUCUCAGAUUACCCAGAACUGAAAGUCCCCCUCUUCUCAGUGUUUCUCACCAUCUACAGCAUCACUGUGGUAGGGAAUAUUGGCAUGAUCGUCAUAAUCAGAGUGAACCCCAAACUGCACACCCCCAUGUACUUCUUCCUCAGCCACCUCUCCUUUGUGGAUUUCUGCUAUUCCUCCACCAUUGCUCCCAAUUUGCUUGUAAACCUUGUUGAAAAAGACAGAACCAUUUCAUUUAUAGAAUGUAUAAUACAAUACUUUUUCUUUGCUAUCUUUGUAGUAACUGAAUCCAUUUUAUUAGUGGUUAUGGCCUAUGACCGGUUUGUGGCCAUCUGCAGACCACUCCUCUACACAGCAAUCAUGUCCCAUAAACUCUGUGUCAGUCUAGUGACGGGAUCAUAUACAUGAGGACUCACAUGCUCUUUGACAAUGACAUGUUCUGUUGUCCAGUUAUCUUUUGCUGGGUUCAACACGAUUGAUCAUUUCUUCUGUGAGUUCUCCUCACUUAUAGCCCUCUCAUGCUCUGAUACUCUGGGUAACCAAAUACUUCUGUUCUCACUUUCCACUGUGAAUGCUGUUAGCACUCUCUUCAUCAUACUCCUGUCCUAUGUGUUCAUCCUUGUCUCCAUACUCAAGAUUAAAUCAGCCAAGGGGUGCCACAAGGCUUUCUCUGCAUGUGCUUCACACCUGACUACCAUCACCAUCUUCUAUGGCACGGUCCUGUUUCUGUACUCUGUGCCUAACUCAGAGAACUCCCAGAUCACACUCAAAGUGGCCUCUUUGUUUUAUACACUGGUGAUCCCCAUGCUCAACCCUCUGAUUUACAGUCUGAGGAAUAAAGAUGUGAAGGAUACAGUCAGAAAAAUAAUUGCCACCAGGCUUCCC